AUGAAGUACUUCGCUGCUCUUUCCGUGGCCGCUGCCACUGUUGUCUCAGCCACCGAGAUGCAGGUGAUGCCUCUUGCUCCCGCUCCCGCCGCAGGCCCAGCGACACAUACCCAGGUAGUUGUUGGUGGCUUGAAGGCAGUCGAAACCGGCAUGGCGGCCAUCCUAGGAUACAACCCCGAGUCCAUUACCGCCAACGUCGGUGACAUGGUGCAAUUCGUCUUCAUGCAGAAGAAUCACACGGCCACGCAAUCGACCUUUGCCAACCCUUGCAAAAAGAUGGACGGAGGCAUGGACUCUGGUUUCAUGCCCAACCCAGAGGGCAAGGACGGCGUAACCUGGAACAUGACGGUUGAGACACAGGAGCCGCUCUGGUUCUACUGCAAACAGCAAAACGGCAUCCAUUGCGGAAAGGGCAUGGUCUUCAGCAUCAACGCCGCUACAACCGGUAACAAGACCAUGGCCGACUUCAAGCAACUCGCCAUCAAGACCAACGGCACCAGUCUCGUAGCAGGCGACAUCCUCUCCGCCGACCCCGCUGCCGCCGCUGCUCCUACUACCGUCACCAUCUCCGCCGGUGGAGGUGGUGGUGGUGCUGCUGCCACUGGCACAAACACUGGAAGCGCCGCUGCUGAGGCAACUCCCCCUCCUCCUCCCGCUACCGUCGUCGCUGGCACAGGUGUCGACGGCCAGGGCGCCGCAUGCUCAUGCUCAUGCCUGUGCGGCAUCGCUGCCUUCCCGCAGAACGCGGCCAUCAACAACUUUGGUGGCUUUGCCGGCAUGAUUGCGUAA